GUUUGAUAUCAACCGUUGAGUUUCAAUCCUUUGCACAAAUAUUUUUUGCAUAAGGGGAGAUUUCAAUAUUCCAAUCAGAAUGUAGACUAACCAAUGAAUCACAAAGGAUAUCCUCUCCGUUAUUACUUCAGUCACUUUUUCCUGCAGCCUACAGCCUAUUUAUUCCUGGUGUCCUACUGUACUUGGCAAUUUCAUCACACCAAAGUGUCAAAACCGUCACGAGAAAAUGAUUGCUCCAAUCAUGAACUUGAUAAUUCUGUGCUUUGUGAUUAAAGGAGGAUCUGCUCUUUGGGAGGAAAUAGCGGGUCCAUAUGACAUCAAAUUCAUUCAUGGCACAAACUGUGAUAAAAGAGGAAAAAUAAAUCUUUUUGAGCCCAUAAAAGCAAGAAAGUUGAAUCGAACACAUUAUGUAUACAGUGGUAUUAUAGAUAUAGGAGCACCUGUAGAUGAUAACUUGAAGGUAACAAUCAUUGAACUACAAGAAAUCUCAAGAUAUUGA